AUGGAGAAUUUAGCUUCCUCUCAGGCUAAGCAAGUUGAAUACCAAGCCAAGCAGAAUGAAUUUUUCAACAACUCUCUCCAACAAAUCACUGCUCAUAAUAAAUUGAUGGAGAGUCAGAUGACCCAACUAGCCCAACAAAUAAGCCACCUCUCUAAACCUUCAGGCCAACUUCCUGGGCAAACUGAACCAAAUCCCAAGGGGCAUAUCAAUGCCAUUUCAUUGAGGAGCGGUAAGGAAUUGCAAGAGCCUACAAGGAGGGCAACUGAGCACCACAACACAGCAAAAGAGGUUAUAGAGUUGAGUGAGGAAGUUCAAGAGAAGACGGGUUUGGAAGAUGAAGCUAAGAAGCCUGAGAAUGAGGAACCCACUGUCAUUCCUAUUAAACCAUACAAGCCACCUGUUCCGUUCCCUCAAAGAUUGGCACAGGCAAAACUUGAAAAGAAAUAUGGGAAGUUCCUUGACAUCCUGAAGAAGCUACACAUCAACAUACCCUUCUUGGAUGCCAUAUCUGAGAUGCCUUCUUACGCUAAAAUACGCUUCCAGAAAAGCUAG